AUGCCUCUGCAGUUGAAGUUCCAGACCCCAUUCGACGGUGCCGCCUACCACAACGCGAAAGUGAAGGACAAGAAAGCCAAAGAUGAUUUCAAGAAAAUUCAUCAGGUCGACCACUCAAGCAACUCGGCAUGGGCAAUUACGACCGACAUUCAUCAGUCGACUCCAGUAAAAACGCCUUCUGAACUCAUUGUGGAGGACGCAUCGACAGGGCAACCAGAACCGACCGAUCUUGAGCCGUUAGUGACGAUUAGAAUGCAGGAAUCAGGCACAGGCACAGGAGCGGAUAGAACAGGCAGCACGGAUGGCGAGAUAAUCGCGGGUGCUCAUCGCUCGCUUCACGUCGAAAACGAUAAAGCCGAUGCUAGCGUAAGCGAACGAUCCGAUGAAGUAGUAUCAUAUGGCUUAGAUAGCGCGCCGUACAAAACGAGCAAUACUUCCUUUGAGGCUACUCCCAGCUUGCCAUCAUUGGUCCAAUACGGUGAUGAUGAUGGCAGAUCAUCCCUGAACCAAGAGACGGACCUGACUGACGCAUUUGACAAUGAAACGGCUGGCGAGUGGGGAGUUGUGGAAAUUCUUGGAGAAGAACUCAGAAAUGGCGAGGUCUACUAUCGGGUAAGAUGGGAGGACACCUGGGAGCCCAAGACGAACUUAUUUCACUCGCCCGAUGUAGUCAGGAGAUGGCGCGACAAGGUUAACACGCUGAGAAACGGGCCGGGACAAAAUUCGGCCGGUAGGAAGCAAAGGACCAGUGGCAACAGUGUGCGGGAGAGAAAGGCAACGGGACGCGCUCGAGAGAUUCGAGAGAGCACGGUUUCAGAGUGA